AUGGAACCAAAACGGGCAUUUUGUUCCUUCCCGAAAUUUUAUUCAAUUCACCAACAACAAAUUCUCCCUUAUUGGAAUUGCGUUAUACAGCGCGGUGAUAAGAAGGAAGAGAGGCUGGCACCCGAAAAUUUUGCUGCUACUGCUGCUGCUGCUGCUGAUGCUGUGGUAGUAGUAGUAGUAGUGGUAGUAGUGGUAGUAAAUAGUUGUCGUAGUACUUCCAUUAUGGUUGUGUAUGUUGCCUUAAAGGCUCGGUUGGGAUGA